AUGUUAGUGGAGAUUUCAAUCGCUUAAAUUGCUACUCCAAUUAACAAUGAAGUUCAAUUAAUUAUUAUACUUGCACUAUCAUUAGAUAUUGAUAAAUUUAUUUAAAUUAACAUGACAGAUGGUUUUAUGAGAGCCUCAAAAUCGUUUAUGCUACAAAACGGUAGCAAAUAAGAUCUCUGCUCUGUUGAUGUGUCUUUAGACCCAUUCCGACUAAUAAGACCUAUAGCAGCUGUUUAAACUUCUUUUGAAAAAAUUAUGCAUUAUUAGUCUACUGAUUAGCCUUAUUCCCCCAAUCCUUAUUAUAUUCAAUAUUCUAAUGAUGGGCAGGAGGUGUGCAACAUAAUGAAUAGUCAAAAUAGAUGCCUAUUCAAUAAUUCAUUAGAAGGUAAAUUGUGGUUACAAAAGCCCACAGAUAUCUAACUAUCACAGGUAAAGCAAUCUACCAGUGCUCAGCCAUUAAAUGUAUCGCCUUUAGCAUCUUAACUUCCGCAUGUUGAACAAGCGCAGUAGAAACAUGUUAAAUCUAUAAAAGAAGAAAAGCACUUUUUAAAAGAGCAGCUUAAAUUCUUUAAAGAAGAUUCUAUAUAGAGUGAGGAAGUACUGAAUGCAGAGGAAAGCAGUAUUUGCUAAAAACCCAAAAAAAAGAACAAUCUAAGGGGCAAGCGACAUAAGCAUACAAGUGAUAGUUCUGAAUCCUUUAGAAUCAGUAGAAAGAAAAAAACAUCUAAGGUGAACGAUACAAAAAACAUUACAAAAAAUUACUCAAAAGCCAUAAUUUCAUACAUUUUCAACAAUCCUGAGUUAGUUUAAAAAAUAAUGUCUAAACAUAGAUAUGACGAUUUCAUUAAUUUCUUAAAAAAUAAAAAAAAUCAAAUGACCAAUAUAAAAUAACUUAGAGACUUAUGGGUGGAUGGUGGCAAAAAUUCUGAGUUUAAUCGAGUCUUUAGAAUUAUAAGUUAACAAUUUUUAAAAUCUCAAGCUGUCUCUUAUGUUUAUAACUCUAGAAUUUCAAAUACUUAAUGGCAUUUGAAAUAUAGAUUCAACCUACUCAGAGCACUUAGAGAGCCAGAAAACUUCAAAUUCAUUAAAGAUAUCUGA